CAACUGACGCCGCCGUGGAGUUUUUGACAGAAGACGACGGCUGGUGAGAGGGAGUUUCCACCACUGUUGAGUCAGACAUGGCCAUGACCGCCACCAUUUCUCUUCCUUUCACAUCCUCCCGUCGCCGCUCUUCACCGUCCAGCGGCCUCCCUCGUUCUUCAACAUCCUUACGUGCUUUCCCUUCCAGUUUGCCUCUAUCUCGAUAUUCCGUCGAGUGCCCUAGUUUUCGCAUUAUAGCUUCCUCAAUGAGCAUUGAAACCCCCGUGAAAAGUUCGUCCGUUUCUUUCUUAGACAGAAAAGAGUCUGGGUUUCUCCAUUUCGCCAAGUAUCACGGCCUCGGCAAUGACUUCAUUUUGGUCGACAACAGAGACUCUCUGGAGCCUAAGAUCAGCUCAGAUAAAGCUGUUCAUCUAUGUGAUCGUAACUUUGGGAUUGGUGCCGAUGGAGUUAUCUUUGUCAUGGCUGGCACUAAUGGCGCUGACUAUACCAUGAGAAUCUUCAAUUCUGAUGGUAGCGAGCCUGAGAUGUGUGGAAAUGGAAUGCGGUGCUUUGCCAAAUUCGUUGCUCAGCUUGAGAACUUACACGGUAGGCAAAGUUUUACUGUACAUACUGGUGCUGGCCUGAUUAUUCCAGAAAUCGUAGAGGAUGGAAAUGUCAGAGUUGACAUGGGGGAGCCAAUUCUUAAAGCGUCAGAUGUGCCUACUAAAUUACCUGCAAAUAAGGAUCACUCAGUUGUUAAGGCAGAGCUAGAUGUAGAUGGAGUUAUCUGGAAUGUAACAUGUGUUAGCAUGGGAAAUCCACAUUGUGUAACAUUCGGUACAAAAGAAAGUCAGAACUUAUUGGUCGAUGAUUUGAACCUAGCAGAAAUUGGUCCUAAGUUUGAACAUCACAAGGUGUUUCCUGCACGAACAAACACAGAAUUUAUUCAAGUUCUGUCUGAUCAUCACCUAAAGAUGCGUGUUUGGGAGCGUGGAGCAGGAGCAACUCUAGCCUGUGGAACUGGAGCUUGUGCUGUAGUUGUUGCGGCAGUUCUCGAGGGUCGUGCGAAGAGGAUUUGCAGGGUUGAUCUACCCGGAGGGCCAUUGGAGAUUGAGUGGAGAGAGGAGAAUAAUCAUGUGUAUUUAUCGGGCCCAGCUGAAGUAGUUUAUUACGGAUCUUUACCCCUUUAAUUUGUUGUUCUCUCUGAUAUUUAUGGUUAAGCUUGACAACCUUCUGGACUUUCCAGCUCUCUGUAUUAUAGAAUGGCAACAUUUGUCCCGUCGUAGUUUACUCUCACUUUGUGUUGAUUUCAAUAUUUUCGAAUUUAGCUUCUGACGGGUUUAUUGUAUUGCAUUCACCGUUUCCCUAGGAAAAUGAAUUCCUGUCUGCAGAUAUAUGUUUGGAAUCUGAUAAUAAGAUGAAAUUUUAACAUGCUA